AUGGCCGUGGAGGGUCAAAGAUUUAUGACCAAGACGCAGCACUAUCGCAAGGUCACCAAGCCGCUGCUGGAGCGAAAGCGACGGGCGCGCAUGAAUCUCUACUUGGAUGAGCUGAAAGAUCUCAUUGUGGAUACAAUGGACGCGCAGGGCGAGCAGGUCAACAAGCUGGAGAAGGCUGAUAUACUGGAGCUGACCGUGAACUAUCUGAAGACGCAACAGCAGCAGCGUCUGGCCUGCGGCAGUGCCGGCACUCCUCCAGACAUGUCCACACCCACUUCUCCACCUGCGAAUCAGUUGAACUUUGACAAAUUUCGCGCGGGUUACACACAGGCCGCCUAUGAGGUCUCCCACAUAUUCUCCACGGUUCCCGGUGUAGAUCUUAAGUUUGGCACGCAUCUGAUGAAGCAGCUUGGACAUCAGCUAAAGGAUAUGAAACAACAACUGAGCAGCCCAGUGCCCAGUGAAGAUGCUAACGAACCUGUCAAUCUGGCCAAUGGCAAGCAACAGCGCUCCACAUCACCACAAGAGAAUCUAGACAAGGGCGAGGAUGUUUGGCGACCCUGGUAA